AUGGAAAAGGUUUUAACAUUGAAGCUGAAUGGUAACAGAAAAGUAACAGGUACUCUCAGAGGCUUUGACUCUUUUAUGAAUCUUGUUGUUGAUGAUGCUAUUGAAGAAACAAAAUCAGGAGAAAAGAGAAACAUUGGAAUGGUGGUCAUUCGUGCACAUUAUGGAUUACAGAUACACCUUAAAACUCAUACAGAAGAAAAGCCUUACAAGUGUGAUGAUUGUGGUCAAUAUUUCACACAGCUCCCUGAUUUACAGAGCCACCAUACAAUCCAUACAGGAGAAAAGCCUUACAAGUGUAAAAAAAAUGAGGUAAAUGUUUUAGAGCAAGUAAAGGCACUUUAG